ACGUGCAACGCAAGAAACUGUAGUAUAAAUCACAUUUUACCAACUGGUAACACUAUUCGUCACCGGUGCAAUAAAUUCGGGUCAAUUUAAAAAGAACUAUGUUUUUGCAUAACACAAGGCUGUGCCGAAUGGCAAGUGGUCUGGCAGGGAGAGUGCGCCACCUGAGCGGCCAGAAACCAAAAACCGCGAUUCUAAUGCUGAACAUGGGCGGUCCGACGCACACGGACCAGGUGCACGACUACCUUCUGCGUAUUAUGACCGACCGGGACAUGAUCCAGCUGCCGGUGCAGAGCCGUCUAGGUCCGUGGAUCGCUCAGCGCAGGACGCCCGAGGUGCAGAAGAAGUACAAGGAGAUCGGCGGUGGCUCCCCGAUCCUUAAGUGGACCGAACUGCAGGGCCAGCUCAUGUGCGAGCAGCUGGACAGGAUCUCCCCGGAGACAGCGCCUCACAAGCACUACGUCGGCUUCCGCUACGUGAAUCCCCUCACCGAGAACACGCUGGCCGAGAUCGAAAACGACAAGCCAGAGCGCGUAGUUCUCUUCUCACAGUAUCCACAGUACAGCUGCGCCACCUCCGGAUCCAGCUUUAACUCCAUAUUCACCCACUACAGGAACAAUGAUCUGCCCUCGGACAUUAAAUGGAGCAUAAUCGACCGGUGGGGCACCCAUCCACUUCUAAUCAAAACGUUUGCCCAGCGAAUUCGUGACGAGCUGGCCAAAUUUGUGGAGACGAAACGUAACGAUGUAGUCAUCCUCUUCACUGCCCACUCCCUUCCCCUGAAAGCUGUCAACCGAGGCGACGCCUAUCCCUCGGAGAUCGGUGCUAGCGUGCACAUGGUUAUGCAGGAACUUGGCCAGACGAAUCCCUACAGCCUGGCUUGGCAAUCCAAGGUGGGCCCGCUACCCUGGCUGGCGCCCGCCACCGAUGAUGCCAUUAAGGGCUAUGUUAAGCAAGGCCUGAAGAACUUCAUCCUUGUGCCCAUUGCCUUCGUGAAUGAGCACAUCGAGACGCUGCACGAGCUCGACAUCGAGUACUGCGACGAACUGGCCAAGGAGGUCGGCGUGGAGGAAAUCCGUCGAGCUGCAGCGCCCAACGACCACCCGCUGUUCAUCGACGCCCUGACAAACGUUGUGGCAGAUCAUCUGAAGUCCCAGCAGUCGGUCAACCCCAAGUUCCUUAUGCGUUGUCCCAUGUGCUCCAAUCCAAAGUGCAGGGAGAGCAAAAGCUGGUACCGACAGCUCUGCUCGAACUAAGCAACCAAGGCGUGACAGGCGUUUUAAGUGCUGCAGCUGGAGGAGAACAUUUAUGCAUUCAUUUGGGUUUCUGGGAGAUUGGUUUUCACAUACUGGUGUUCAUUACUUUCCGCUUUAAUUAAAUACACUGUUAAACAGUAGAAA